ACAUCCCGCCGGAGCCUCAGCGGCGAGCUAUCAUCGUCGAGCAACAACCACCACCACCACCGACCUUCACCUCCCACACCCCCUCCGCACCCCGCGCAUCUCUCUACUACCGGCACCAUGGGACAGCCUGUAGUUCAGACGAUCCAUCGGGAUCCCGCCCUGUUUUGGUGGAUCCUGCUCCCCAUUACAGUGGUCAUGAUCUUGACAGGCAUCCUCCGCCACUACGCAAUGACACUCCUCCAGUCGACCCCGAAGAAACACGACCUUGCCAAGAUCCGGCAACAGCGCUCCCUCGUGCGCGGCGUCAACCUACGUACCAAUGCCCAGGUCCUCUCGCCAGGCUCCUUCGCGACCCGCAAAGCCUACAUGGUGCAGGCCUACCAGGAAGGAAGGUUUUUGGCUGAGCCGGAGCUGAGGGGGAAACCCAGACCGAAUCCUAUGAGUGAUCCUGCGGCGAUGGAGGGCAUGAUGGGCAUGAUGAAGGGGCAGAUGACUAUGAUGAUCCCGCAGACGCUGAUCAUGGGAUGGAUCAAUGCCUUCUUCUCUGGUUUCGUUAUCAUGAAACUACCCUUCCCGUUGACUCCACAAUUCAAGUCCAUGCUGCAAUCUGGAGUUGGCACGCGUGACCUGGACGUCAGAUGGGUGUCUAGUUUGUCAUGGUAUUUCCUGACUUUGUUCGGACUCCAGCCCGUCUAUAACUUCAUUCUGGGAAGCAACAAUGCUGCCAACCAAGUCUCACAGCAGAUGGCCAUGGCCAAUCCAGGCGCGGGUGGCAUGAUGGGUCCUGAGCAGGAUCCGGACAAGCUGUUUCUCAACGAAGCCGAGAAUCUGGAGGUGCUAGAGCAUCGAUGGAUAUUGGAGGGCAUCGAAGACCGCCUUGUUGCCAAACUUGGAGCAUGAUGCCGGCACAGGGCAUCAGUUGCUGGCUAUAGCACCGCCAUGGCGUUCAUAGAUAUCUAGAAUGGGCCCACAAAGCUAGUAUCCCGCGUCGGUUUUGCGCAAAGACCCCCGAUACACACCACCGGCACAAGAUAGCUAAUUUCUAUGACCAUCUUCUUGUCCCAUUCGUACGGCUUUCGCGGUCAGCCAUGGCCGUGUGGCUUGCAAGCCAUGUGCGGGGAUACCCUGCCAAGAGCGGUGCAUCUCCUGCGUCUCGCUAUUUCUAGACUCUCGAACAUCUUUCAAUG